UACGCUGAGACGCACCUUCCGGCUCGGGUCCUCUGCAGCGGUCAAUGUCGGCGGGUCCGUCGCCGGGAGUCCCCGGAAGUGGGCAGGUUGUAGGCUUCCGGCACUGUAGGGAGAAAUGGCGGUGGUCACCGUGCUCCCGGCUGUGGCGCGGAUGCUGUCAAGGCACAACAUGUUGUCUCCUAUGCUCAGUGUGACAUCAUUCAGUCGCUUCUACAGAGGUGACAGCCCAACAGAUUCCCAAAAAGAUGUGAUUGAAAUCCCUUUGCCUCCAUGGCAGGAGAGGACUGAUGAAUCCAUAGAAACCAAAAGAGCACGCUUACUCUAUGAGAGCAGGAAGAGGGGCAUGUUGGAAAACUGCAUUCUGCUUAGCCUCUUUGCUAAAGAACAUCUGCACAACAUGACCGAGAAGCAGCUGAACCUCUACGACCGCCUGAUUAAUGAGCCUAGUAAUGACUGGGAUAUUUACUACUGGGCCACAGAAGCAAGACCUGCCCCAGAAAUAUUUGAAAAUGAAGUCUUGGAACUGCUAAGAGACUUUGCUAAAAACAAAAACAAAGAGCAGAGACUGCGUGCCCCAGAUCUUGAGUAUCUCUUUGAAAAGCCCCAUUGAGCUUUCACUGGCAUGGGGGUCAGUUUAUGCAUGGAACUUCUCAUAAUGCUGGCUUUUCUUCCUGCUUCUUCUUAGACACUUGACCCUCUCGGUGAUGGACAUGUAUGACUCAUUCUAACAUUUGUUUGUUCAGUACAAAGCCUCCCAAGACGGUUUGUAUGCAACCCUUGACCCCUUAUCUUGUCUGGCUGCUAUGGUGCAGGUCUGCCACAAGAGGGCACCGUAGGGCAAGCACUCGGGCUUAGCUACUGCCUUAGCCACUAUAAAGCCGCUGAAAAGAACUGCACCUGCUGCCAGUGCUGUGUGAAGAGAAGCGUCAUCCCACCCACCCUCUACCCGCAGUGGCUCAGGGCUUUGUUAAGAUGAAACUCCCCCUUCCAGCCUGGUAUGGUCCCUUCUGCCAAAGAAAACUGAUCCAAGCCCCUGAACUGAGCCCAUCAAAGACACAGCGGGCAGAAUGAGGGCAGCAAGCAGGGAUGGUGUGGGCACGCUGCUUAAGUCAACGUUCCCAUCAUCAGACUUUCUUUAUAAUCUGCACUUUGUAAAUUGAAAAUUAAAGAAUAUUGAGAAAAGGAAA